AUACUGUACGAGAAACAACUGCAGCUCAACAAGCGCUUUUGGUGGCUAAAAACAUUGACUUGUUUCCAACAAAUCAAGAACGUUUUACUGAAGGAAAUAUAGAUGUGUGGUGGAUUGUUCAUGAUGGUGGUAUGCUGAUGUUGCUGCCUUUUCUCCUUCGACAGCACAAGGUUUGGAGAAAAUGUAAAAUGCGUAUCUUCACCGUGGCUCAAAUGGAUGACAAUAGCAUUCAAAUGAAGAAGGAUCUUCAGAUGUUCUUAUACCACCUUCGACUGAAUGCUCAAGUGGAAGUUGUAGAAAUGUUUGAAAAUGAUAUUUCUGCAUUCACAUAUGAGAAGACACUUAUGAUGGAACAGCGAUCUCAGAUGCUAAAACAGAUGCAGCUAUCAAAGAAUGAAAGAGAAAGGGAG